CUUGAUUUGGCGUUGGAGCGCUCAGGGCUUUCGUACGGUGUUCUGCUUCAGCCACUGCUGGCAGGAGAGGCGGUGGAGAUGGAUAUUAGGCGGCUACAGCGGGUUAUUGUGGAUGCUUCUAUUAAUACCCCAGAUGUGUUCCGUGAGCUCACCCACCGGGCGGUGGAGAAUGGACUUGCAUGUCAGGACAACAUUGCGCUUUUUACAGGAGACUACGAGGGGGCGUACGCAAUAGCGACGGCAGCGCGACAGUCUACACAAGACCCUGCAUUGGCGAUGCGGGCGGUUGAAAAGGUGCGAUGUAAACUUGGGUUUAAUGAGUUUCGUCUGUCGCUUGACUCUGCGGCAAUCGUGCGCAACGGAGUUGAUUAUUUCUGUCGCUGCUCUAAACAAAACUUUAUGCGGUCUGUGGUGACACUUCCAAAGGAGGAGUUACUGCGUCUCAUGCAUGAGACAAGCUUCCGCUGCACGUUCUGUGCGAAGGAGCAUCCGCUACAGCCGGAGGAUUGGCAGAAGGCCAUGCAAGGCCGUGCUGAAUGA